AUGAUAUUUAAAAAUUUCUAUAACUUAUUGUUUUACUUCUUUCUAUUAAUAGGCACUCAAGAGAUCUCAGAAUAAUGUGUUUGUGGGCAUGUUCGUCGUUAAACCUAAUGUUAAAACUCAGGUAUUUGUAUUUGGUAGAAUGGGGUUUGCGUUUUAAAUUCAGCUAAAACAUACAUUUAAAAGAAUUAAGGGGAAAGCUCAUGCAAAGUUUAUGCAGAGGAAGAUUGUAGAUUACAGAAGUAAUGUGGCUUUUAUUUGGGUUAAUUAUUCAAAAAAGAUUAAUGUUAACAAUCCUCUUAUAGAUGCGCAUCUGAUGGCACAAAGUGUGUUGAAAUUUUUGAAUGUAAGGAUUAUAAAACAGAAGUAGGAUGUGCAUAUUAAAAUUAAAAUGGUGGGUACUGCUUUUGGGUUUAGGAUUUAGUAAAAAUGUGCAGAGAUGUUGCUACGUGUGAAGAACUGCCAAUUUAUUUAGGAAGUCAUAUUUAGUGUAAAUAAGGCCUAGCUGGUUGUACUGUAAACGAAUAAGGUUAUGGAUGUAUUCGACAAAAGGAUGAGUGUGCCUAAUACUUCAAAGAUUUUUAAUGCUUUGAUAUUUAUUAGAAAAAAUAAAUCUGCUUUUGGGAUUCAAAAAACAGUAGAUGUGUUGAAAAAGUGUGUUAAAAUCUACCUUUUUCUUAAGAUUACGAAUGUAAAUAAAUUUUAAGUGAAUGUACAUCAAAUGGCAUUCAUUGUAUUUAAAGAAAGUAAUGUAGUGAUGCCAAGAAUAAAAUUAGUUGUGUUACAGAUGCUUAGGGAAAUAAAUGCGAAUAUUUUAACAAUAAAUGUAAAAUCAAAGGAUGUGACACAGCUUUGUCUUCGCUUAAAAGUUAUCUAUAAUGCUAAGAUUAUGACAAUUAAUUAGAUUGUGUUACUAAUGCAAAUGGAGGAUGCAAAUAAAGACCUUAAACAUGCAAAGGUUAUGUGGAUGCAGUAGAUUGUUAUUCGAUUGAAAAAUAAGAUUGUAUUUGGUAUAAAAAUAAAUGUGAACAACGAGCAUGUUAUCAUGCCCCACUUUAUUAUACUCCUGCAGAUUGUAAGCAAUAUGGAAAUUGCAUGGGCAAAGAAGGUGGUGGCUGUUUAUAGAUGCCAGAUCUUUGUAAUGAGAAUUUAAAAGAAUAAUUUUGUGAGUUUAAUUAUAAUAAUCAAAAAUGUAUUUCUUUAGAAGGUAUAUGGACGUUGUUUGAAUGUAAAAAACUAAAAUUGCCAAAUUACAAAAAUCCUAAAAUUUGUUAAGAGGUAAGUUCCAAUUGUGCAAUUAAUCUAGAAAUUUUGGGUUGCAAAGAUUAUAUAUGCAAACUUAUUUAAGAAAUUGAGUUUUGCUCAUUUAAUUCAUAAGAACCAGGCUAUACAACCAAUUAAGGAUGUGUAGAUAAAAAGUGCAUUACUGCUCCAUCACAUUUUGAGAGUAACUCUUAAUGUGAGAUGUGGUUGCCAUAUUGCACGGUUAAUGUAUAAGAAUUAUAAAAUUAAAAAUUAUUAUUUGGAUGUGUUGAUAAAAAGAGUGAAUGUCAAUUUGCCAUUGAAGAACAAUGCUAUUCUACAUUUUCAGGAACUAAUUGUAAAUGGGAUAAAGUAGGUAAAAUGUGCAUUGAUCAAAUUUGCACCGAUGCAAAUCCCAACAUAUACUAAACAAAUGAGGAUUGUAACUCUUAUAAAGUGUUGCAGGGUACUUGUAUAUUAAGAUCCUCUGGUUCUGGAUGCUAAUUAUGGCCAACGACGUGCCAUAAUUUGAUUAUUUAAUAAUAAUGCUAGUUAAAUCUUUAGGAUGGAACAAGGUGUUUUUGGACAGGUAGUUUAUGUAAGACAUUAGAGUGUUCAGAUGCUUCUGUAGAUAAUUAUAAGAAUAAUAUUCAAUGCAAUACUUGGCUUGAUUAUUGUAUCUUUAAUCGAAUUUUAGGAGGAUGCAUGAAUAGACCUAGUUUGGUUGAUUGCGCAUUAUCUCCAAAUGAUGAAAUAUACGAUUCGCACGUUGAAUGUUAAGCAUGGAAUCCUAAUUGCACCGUGAUUUCCUCUUUAAGUUUAUAAGGUUGCGAAUAAAAAAAGGCAAAUUGCUCUGAAUACAUCAGGCAAAGGAAUUGUAAAACUAGUUUGGCUGGCUAAAAUUGUUAUUGGGAUGAUUAUGAGCAAAAAUGUUAUGAAGAAAAUGAUGCUGCUGAUUGUAGUAAAAGAAUUUAUGGUGACUUAUUACACUAAAAUUGCGAGAACUUUCUAUAAAAAUGUACAAUAAAGUAAAUUAGUGGAUAUUGUGUAGCUCUUUCAUCUUAGUGUGAUUAUAAAUUGGAAUAAUAAUGUGUAAUCACAAGUGAUUAGUAACCCUGCAAAUGGGAUGUAAAAAAUAGAGUUUGUAAGGAUGUAAAUUGUAGCGAAAAUACAACUGCUUAAACUGAGGCGGAAUGUUUAAAAUUUAGAAAACUUAGUUAAUGUCAAUUAAAGAUUUAACCUAACGGGACUUAUGGACCAGGGUGUGAGGCUAGACCAGUUCAUUGUGAUGAGGUUACGCAUCCUUUAAUAUGUAAAUUAACUCUAACAUAAUAAAAUGAAAGAUGCUAUUUUUUUAACUCUAGAUGUUAGGUUGUACAAUCUUAUUAAUGUGAAGCUAUUACAGAUAGCAAAAGCAAUGAGGUUUGUUAAUUAUACAACCUAUACUGUGUUCUAUAAACAAAAGGAAAAGGAUGCUACUCUAUUUACAGUUGUUCAGAUUUAUCUAGUAAUGUUUGUAAAAGUGCUAUAAUGAAAUUCGAUUUAAAGUGCAACUAUUAUGGUAGGUGUCGUUCUGAUAAUUAUUGCAGUGAUAAAAAUCUCUUAAUCAGUAAUUGUGAUGGUAGAAAAACACCCUUAGGAUAAUUAUGUUACUAUUAGAAAGAAUGUGAUUAAUAUUAUUGUAACAGAAAGUGUUUGCUAUAAACUGCCACAUAGUACUUGCAAUUUCAGUCAUCUGCAACAUUUUCUGAUAGGAACAAACAAUGUUAAGACUAUUCAUCAAAUUACAUAUAUGAUACUAGUUGUUAGUGUUGUAAAAGCAUAUAUAGUUGCAGCCAACAACUAGGAGAAUUUUAAGCUUGCAAUUCUUCAACUGUAACUUCAAGUUCAACUAAAAGAUGUGGAUAUAAUUUUUGGACAAAUUCUUGUGAGUCUAGAACAUGCGAACAUUUAACUUUUGCAAAUUAUCCUAUUAUUACAGAUUAAAUUUGUUUUGAUUGGAAAUCUGAUUGUGUUCUUGAUUCUUCUGGUUGUAAAACUUUCUAUUAUGAUUGCUCUUAGAGUAAAAUAAUUUCUCAAUGUUAUUAAUUUCGAUGCAAUUGGUAGGAUGGUAAAUGUGUAUAUUAUCUUAAUUGUGAAACUAACAUAACUGCUGUUACAAAUCGUGAAUGCCUUUUAGUAAAUGCAGAAUAUUGCAGAUUUAAUUAUACCAAAGGCCAAGGAUGUGGUUUUUUUAAUUGUAAUCAUAUCAAAUAAUAUGAUAUAUGUAACUCAGCAACUCUUGUUGAUGGAUAACAUUGUUAUUGGGAAUAUAGCAAAUGUUAAUAUCGUUCUUGCUCACAAUAUACAAUAUAAUCUAAGUGUGAGAGUAGUUACGGCUAAAAUAACAAGGCAGUCGUGAAGUGCUAUUGGUGUUAAGAUUUCUCUACCAAAUGCUCCAAUAAUAAAUAUUGCAAUUUAAGUAGUAUGACGUCACCUAAAUCGCAUCAAGAUUGCAACGAUGAAAAUAGCCAAUAAACAAUUGAAUUUUAUACAAAUGUAAUAUGCGUAAUUAAACAAUCAUUAUGCUCAGAAUACUCCUACUAGGAGGCUUGUGUUAGCACAUUAAAUGGUGAAAGCUGUUAUUGGAGUGCUAAUCUUUGUAAUAAUAAAUGCGAAGCAGCAACUACUAAUCCUUCUACAAACUAAUAGUGUUAUGAUUGGGACUCUGGUUGUAUGUUAUAAGCUACCUCCUAAUGCCAACUCUUAAAUUGCUCGCUUUUAACACUUAUGUCUGAUUGUGAUAUUUAUAGUACAAAGUGUUUUUGGGAUGGUUCGAACUGCAAAACUAUUGGUGCUUGUAGUGAAUAUUCUACGAGUAUCUUAUGUUCAAAUAAUAACAAUUCAGAAGAAAUUCCUUGCUUUUGGAAUAGUACAACAUGCAUAGAAAAAACAUGUUAGAAUAUACCUACUGUUCCAUCAACUAUCUCAGAUUGCAAUAAUUGGCUUACUAAUUGUCAAUUAGAUAGCAAUGGAACUUCAUGUGUAGAAGAUUGUACUUCUGCUGAUGAUUCACAUAACACACAUGAUUAAUGUGAAUCUUACUAUUCUAACAAAAGCUGCACUGUCAAACCUGAUAUUAUUUAAUGUGUAGACCUUCCUAUCUCAUGUGGAUUAGCUGCUUAGGAGCAAUGCUAUUUGGAUAGUAAUGGUAACUCUUGCUACUAUUCAAUAUCAACACAAACCUGCUUAAUUUUAACAUGCGCAAAUUUGGACACAAAUUUUAAGAGUCAUGAAUAAUGUAACUAAAAAUUAAAAUAGUGUACGGUAAACGCUACAUUGAAUGGAUGCUAAUUAUUGAAUAGUUGCAAUAGUUAUUAAAUAAAAGAAUAAUGCUUUUUUGAUUAAAAUAACAUUGAAUGUGAAUGGGUUAUUAGUUCAAAUGCUUGUAUUAUUAAGGAAUGCUCAUCAGCCUAAUUCAACUUAUAUACAGCACACGGUUGCCGUUUAUAUUUUGGUGAUUCGUGCACUGUAAACAGCAGCCUAGAUGGAUGCGAAACUGGUUAACUUGUUUGUUUGAAUUAUAAUUAUCAACAAUGUAUCAGUGACGGAUAAAUAAACUUAAGCGGUGUAGGAUGUUUCUGGAAUGAAGAGAAAAAGAGCUGUUAAGAAAGGAUAUGCACGAAUGGGCCUUCUGAUGCCUCAUCUCAUUUUGAAUGUAGCAUUUUUCUUUCAUCUUGUCAGUUAGAAGGUUGCCAUAUGAAAGGAUGCCUUGAUUACUUUUAUGCUAUAGAUUCAGCUUGUACAGCUAUAUUUUAAGAUAAAAGGUGUAUUACAAAUGGAAUUCGAUGUGUUAAAAGAAAGGAAUGCGAAAAUGUAACUCUAGCUGAUGGCUGCACAUUUGAUAGUAAUUUAAAUCGUUGCGUUUGGAUUGAUGAAAAGUGUUAUACUAAAAGCUGCUAGACUGCAUAAGUUACACUUACUAAAUUUGAGGAAUGCAAUUCAUAUAUGCCAAAUUGUACAGUUAAAUAAGAUGGAGGGUGCACUAAUAGGCAGAGUUGUUAGGAUUAUCAAAUUAAAGAAGCCUGCUAUACAGAUUUUGAGAAUUUUGAGUGUAUUUGGGAUAGCAAUAUAAGUAAAUGCUUCUCCAGUCAAUGUGUUAAUUUCUGUGGUGAUGGCAUUGUUACAGGCAUGGAUGAAUAUUGUGAUGAUGGAAAUUACUUACCAUAUGAUGGUUGUUAUAAAUGUCAAGUUCAAUGCCCAUUAGGAUGCAAUAAAUGUAACGGCAAGUCGUGUUAAGAAUGUGAUAAGAAUGGAUGGUAAUUGAGUGAAGGGGUUUGUACUACAAAAUGCGGUGAUGGUUAUGCAGUCGGGAAUGAAUAAUGCGAUGAUGGAAAUGAUUUAUAAUUUGAUGGUUGUUAUUUGUGUUCUUAUUAAUGUGACAAGAUGUGUGUGGAAUGUUUUCAAGGUUAAUGCAUUUAAUGCUAAGUAGGAUUUGUUGAAGAUGGGUAUCAAUGUCAUAAUACUUGUGGAGAUGGGUAUUUGGCAUAAUAAUUAGAAUAAUGUGACGAUGGAAACUUGGAAAAUAAUGAUGGAUGCAGCGAGAUUUGUAAGGUUGAAAAGGAUUGGAAAUGCUCAACAGAAAAUAGUAUCAGUGUUUGCAUCUAUGCAAUUCUACCUAAAAUGAUACUGACAAAACUAUCUAAAACUGAUACAAGUUCUCAGGAGUUCAAAUUGUCAUUUUCUGAACCUGUUUGUUUAAAUGAAAAAGGAAUUAGUGAAGAACAAUUUCUGCAGUUGAUUGUUAUUGAGAUAAUAAAUGCAAAAUAGGAUGAAUACGAUUAUGAAAUAAAUGCAAUGAUUUCUAUCACAACUGAGUUGGCAGAUGUAGCCUAUAAAAUAUUAAUUAAUUUUAAAACUAAUGUUAAAAAUCCUGCUUUGAAAGUUAAAGUUAACAGUGACAAUAUAGUAAAUAGCUAAGGUAAUACCUUGUCCUCAAAGGAAGCAAAAUUAGAAUUUAGGUCUCCCUACAAGAUUUCAGAUGAUUAAUUAUCCCUUAUAUCUAAGACUUCCAUGCUGAGUAGGAUUGUGCUGUAUUUCAUUGUAGUUAUAAGUGGUAUUUCCUUCUUAUGUGGAAAUUUAGAGAUUUUAUGGAAUCUUCUUGAUAUCGCUUCGUAAUAAUUAUCAUAUAUAAAAUUUCACAAUAUUGAAUUCCCAUAAAACUUGGAAAGCUAUUUUGAAAUCUUUACUAUUGGCUCUUUUACCCCUAUUGUUGAUAAAUUGUAAAUUGAUCAGUCUUUAAGAGGUAUAUUUAAUUUUGAAAUUCCAGUCAUUUAAGCUAAAUGGAAAUUUGAAUAGUAUCAAAUUAAUUGUUACUUUUUGUAAAACUUCUAAACACUUUUAAUGAUGUUAAUAAUGGGAUUUACAUAUUUUAUAGUUUCUUAUUUGUUUUUAAGAUUUCUAUUUUAAAUCAAGUAUUAAAAUUGGCCAGCAAUUUAUCAAAAGGCUUAUUUUUACCAAAUUGUUAAAUUGUUUUUUUUCUUGUAGAGUAUUGCAAGACAAUAUUAUUAGUAUUUUAUUUAUUCUGGAUUAAUCAGAAUUUUUACAUCUAAUUUUUAUGAAUCGACAUAUGCAUCUCUUUUGCAAUUAGUAAAUUUAAAUAUAGAAUCCACUUUAAAUACAACUAUUUCCAUUGUAGCUCUUUUUACAUUAUUAUUCAAUAUUUUCCUAUUAAGCAUCUUUUUUUUUUAUCUUAACUAAAAGAAUGCAGUUGCUAAGAAUUUAUCUGUAUUGGUGGAGGGGAUUAAGAACUAAAAAAAUUAAGGAGUUAAAUAAUAUUUUACGAUUAUGUUGAUAAAAAAAACCUUAUUCAUUAUAAAUUUAGUCGCGAUGUAAGGUCUUAUGGGGGCUUAAAGCUUAAUAACUGCUUUACUAUCUGGAGUAUUCUCUUGUUAUUUCUGUAUCUUUAAACCUUUUAAGAACAAUUUUGAAAAUAUCAAAAUAAUAAUAACUGAAUUAUUGAUUGCUCUGAAUGUUUUAAUCUUUUCUUUAUACGAAAUUCUGAAAUAAAAUCAAGACAAAGAAUCAGCUGAACGUUUAGGUUGGAUAAAUAUAGGUGGUUUCACAUUCAUACUUCUAACAACCUUAGCCAUUGAUAUGUACCAAUAAUUGACAAGAUAUACUUAGCUUGUAAUUGCUAAGGUCAAAAUUUGCCUAAAGAUCAAUCAACGAAGACCAAAAAUUUCUAAAAUGCUUUUCAUUUGA